UUUCACAUUUCAGUCAAUAAUUUUUGUAUUUAUUUUUUAUGAACAAUCUUCAGUCUUCAAAAUAGAACAGAAAAUUUCUUAAUCUUUGAGUUAACCCAAAAUGAGCAUAGUUUCUGCGGUAGUACGCAGUGGAUUGCUGUUCCGCCGAAACGGUGUGCUCCUACAUGCUCUGCGCAAGCAGGCGGACUACACUAAGACGCGCGUAAACCUCAAGCUCACCGCCGAAUCGACGCUUAUAUGUCAGGGUUUCACCGGCAAGCAAGCCACAUUCCACUGCACAGAGGCGCUGAAAUAUGGCACUAAAUUGGUUGGUGGCGUUUCGCCGAAAAAAGGCGGUACCAAACAUCUAGACAAGCCCGUCUUUGCCACCGUUGAAGAGGCGAAAAAAGCCUUAAAUCCACAUGCGACUGUACUUUACGUGCCUGCGCCGGGCGCUUUUAAAGCUGUGGAGGAUGCGUUGAUAGCGGAAAUACCGUUAAUUGUGAUCAUAACCGAGGGUAUACCGCAACAUGACAUGGUACGUGUGAAGGAUAUGCUGAUGCAGCAAGAGAAAAGUCGUAUUGUCGGACCGAACUGUCCUGGUAUUAUUGCGCCCGAGUGGUGCAAAAUCGGUAUUAUGCCUGGUAACAUACAUAAGCGUGGUGUUGUGGGCGUGGUCUCGCGUUCCGGUACGCUCACCUACGAAGCUGUUAAUCAAACCACACAUCAUGGUCUGGGACAAACGCUGUGCGUGGGCAUUGGUGGUGAUCCCUUCAAUGGUACCAAUUUCAUCGAUUGCCUAGACAUUUUCCUACAGGAUCCCGAAACGAAAGGCAUCGUGAUGAUUGGUGAAAUCGGUGGCAAUGCCGAGGAGGAUGCAGCUGAGCAUUUGAUUCAAUGCAAUUCGGGUGAUAACGCCAAACCGGUCGUGGCCUUCAUUGCGGGACGUACAGCGCCGCCGGGCAGGCGUAUGGGCCAUGCUGGUGCCAUUAUAUCGGGUGGGAAAGGUAAGGCCAUGGACAAAGUGAAGGCUUUGGAGAAAGCAAAUGUAAUUGUAACGGCUAAUCCGACGUUGAUGGGUAAAAUGUUGGCGGAUGAGAUGAAAUGUCGCAAAUUGAUUUAAUAUAGCGGUGGUGGGGCAAGUCUUUUUUGAAAUAAUUUCCAAAAAUGGUUGAGCGUGGUGCUGCGUUUCCUGAGUGAUAAAAAUUUAUUUUAAUAAAAAAAACUUAUAAUUUUGUA